GGCGACUCUUCCCAAGUUGCGACUUGACCACCAUGCGAUGACAAUGGGCAACUCUAGCAGCUCCCCCAAGAUCUCGGCUCAAGAUAGAGCGAUCCUCGACUUAAAGAACCAGAGGGAUAAGCUUCAUCAAUAUCAACGGCGCAUCACGGUCCUCACCGAUCGGGAGACCGCAGUCGCAAAGGAAUGUCUUGCACGGGGGGAUCGCAAGCGUGCGCUCCUUGCUCUGCGCCGUAAGAAAUAUCAAGAAUCUCUUCUCGCCAAGACGGACGGACAACUCGAACAGCUAGAACAGUUGACUAGUCAGGUGGAGUUCUCUCUUGUACAGAAGGAUGUCCUGUUUGGCCUGCGGCAGGGUACGCAGGUGCUGCAGACCAUCAACAAGGAGAUGGGUGGCAUUGAAGGGGUAGAGAAACUAAUGGGCGAGACGGAGGACGCGAGAGCUUAUCAGGAGGAAAUCAGCCAAAUGCUUGCUGGUCAUUUGUCGCAUCAGGAUGAAGACGAAGUCGAGGAUGAGUUGGCGGCAUUGCAGCGCGAAACACAGAAGCCAAUUGAUCUACCGACUCCUCCCAUAGCGGCGCCUCCCCCGAUCCGACACGAGGAGGAUACGCAACAGGCAGAAGCCAAGGCACCGGCCAGAGCAAAAGAACGGACUGCCGUUCCAGCUUAACCCGCAGUGCUCUACACAGCGUGGGUGUCCAGAUUUCGUUAUCAUGCGGAGUAUUUCCUUUUUCUUCACCAAAGCAGCCAUGGAAGCAUCGCCGGCGUUGACGGUUUUCUUGACAUAUAUAUGGAAAGUAAAGAUUUUAUGAGUUUCGCAAUUAGAAAUUUGAGCGUUACAUUUGAAGUUAUCGGCCUUCCCUCCCAUUCAUCCCUUCUCUAUUUCUGGGUGGCAUUUGUUCAGCUUGAUUGGUGUACUUACCCGUAUUAUCG